AUCAACAGUGUAGCUGUCUCGUUCUCUCUCUCUCUCAUUUUUAAGACAACGCGCAAUUUGUUUUAAAUUGUUUCGUUGUUUGUUAAGUAUUUGUUUUAAAUAAUGUCGUUUCUGGACAUGCUGUCGGGCAGCGGGGACGUGGACCUGAAGAAGUGCGGCGACGUGGUGGUCUCGCCCAGCGAUAAUAUGAUCGCUCUGUACUGCCACUUCUGCCGGGACAUUUUCACCCAGCUGCCGGAGUUCCUGAGACACCUCCAGUGGGCGCACGCCGACGCGCUGCACUUCACCAAGGAGCACAACGUGUACAGCGUGGAGGAGCUGAUGUCCGACGAGCAGGAGGGCCAGGAGGAUGCCCAGUCGGCGGGAGACAGCAGCAGCAGCGGGGACUCCGGGGUGCACGCCGAGUCGGAGGAACCUGUGGCCACUGAGGGCUACCAGAUUGACCCACAUGACACCAAAGCAAAAAUUGAGCCCAAGUAUAAAGCAGCUCAACAAAAGGUUCUGCCAAAUGAAAGUGACUUCCAAGAGAAGGAAUCAAAGGUCGAGGCUCGCGGAUUUAAAGGACCUCGUAAGAAGGUUGAGAUUAAGGGCAAAUCCCUGAAGAUAUGCGAACUUAAGAGCCACGCUAUAGCCAAGAACUCGAGGAAACACAUGAGCAUCGUAAAAAGCCGCAUCCUACAAGCCCUCGAAAGCGAUUUGCCUGCAACCCUGCAGAUGAAACCACCAAAUACCAAAUACUGUUUGCCUAUAAGCGAACCUCUACAAGAAGAAAACAUACCCACACAUACCUUUCAAACCCCUCCAAAGCCUGUGCCGAUCGCAUCUAAUUUGAGUGUAAGAAAGUCCACUUUGACUAAGGCACAAGUCUGUGUGGUGAAGAAGACACUGAAUGCGAAACCAAAGCCCACUCCAACUGUUCAGAAAGUUGAAGUUUUUUCUGCUUCAAGUGUGGAUGAAAUGUCUGAAACCCCAAAACUUGCCAAUCAAUUUCAAGUGCCAAGGAAAAGAAAGUCAUCCCCCUUACAAAUAAGAAAUGUAGAAAUUCUUUCACCUCUUAAUUUAAUUCCUACAGCGUUAAUUAAACCAAACAAAUCUAAAGACAUUUCAGUCCUUACACCUCUUAAUAAUCUUCCCAAGACUUCCAAAGCGGAAAAUGCUAAUGAAAACAGUUUUAACAUUAAAGAAGAGGCUAACAAACCCUCGAUGAAAAGAGUUCUCGGAGAGAAUAACCAUCAGCAAGUCACAAAUCAAAGUCUUCUAAAGCGCGAACUGAAUUCGAGCAUAUCCCAGAAUCCGUCAAAACCCAUUUAUAAAAAGUUUUUUAAGAACAGUCUUAAGUUGGAGCAGGAAACCCUAAGCAGUUUCAACAAAAGUUUACAAGCUACAACGGCUAAGGAGAACAUGCCAGCGGUAAGGCAGGUUCAUUCUUCCCAAAGACUAUUUAAUGACAAUGCCGGAUGCCCUGUUGCCGAGAAGAACAAUACCAAGGAUAACAUAGUUGUUGGGGGAAUGCAGCAGGUCCUAAAAAAGGAGCAGACAAGUACCACAAAAACUGGGCACUUGUUGAAAAAGACAACUCCCGCGGCAGAAAUGCUUAAUCUUUUAAAAGGAGUUGGGUUGCCAGCAAUCGUGGAUUCCAGCUGUAAGGACACAAUAGAAUUGCACGAGUUGGUGAAUUUGCGCGAAAAGGCUGCCCAGUUUAGCAAAAUAUACAGCAAGUACGAAUCCAUUUGGAACUAUAGAAGUAAAAAUCCGCCGGUCAAAAAUGAAGUCAUUGCCUCCACGAUUGCCGCUUUGACUACUGAAGUGAACUUGGCCAUGAAGUGCAACCUGUCCGAAAGCGAAAUAAAGCGCAUUGUUAACCUGAUCUCGGUUUGGCACAAGGAUACGGCUAAUCUGCAGACUCUAAAGCCGUCAACUAUUUCGGACACCGCUCAACGUCAUCUAAACUUAUUCAAGUAUUUGCCUGAUAAGUUUGCAUACUUUUGCGAGAGCUGCGACGACCUCUUCACCUUUGAAGAAGUCUUCAAGAAGCAUUUGCUGGGCCACCAACCUGUGCCGUUCCGUUGUCCAAUAUGUCAGAAGGCUUUCAAGCACCAGGGAUUCUACGAAAAACAUGUGCGAACCUUUCAUGCUUAGCCAGCAAGUAGGUAAAAAGUAUUCUAAUCUAUAGUUCUACUCAUUAAAUUUUUACCUUGAACGAUAGGUAAUGUCUGUCAAGUUAUCCUCAUUAUUCAAGUUUAAUGUUUUGAAAUCAGUUUCUAAUAAAUAGCGCCCCCUCUGGGGCUGUACGUUUCAUUGUUAAAACACAA